GUCCUACAUUCUACACUUGUACUGAAUCGUCAAUAAUCAACUCUCCUCUGCAAAUUCUUCCCCAAUAAAAUCUUCAUCUCCCAAUCCGUCUCUUCAAAUUAAUCCUCUCUCUCUCUCUCUCUCUCUCUCACACACACACACACGCACACGCGCGCGGCGGUGAGAGAAGUGCGCAAUGGACGACAUAGCGAACGACCUAGACAGCAUGAGCUUCAACUCGACGACGACGACGGCCGCCACCGACAUCCACCGGUCCACCAGCUCCAGCUCGGACUGGACAUCCUCCUCCUCCGCCCCCAAUUCCAAACCCUACCCCUCCGGCUCGGACUCCGCGCGCCGCUUCCCCUCCGUCUCCCUCUCCGAUCUCCGAUUCCUCCACCGCGUCGGCGCCGGCGACAUCGGCUCCGUCUACCUGGCCGAGCUCAAGUCGCCCCUCCCCGGCAAGGCGCCGGCGCUGUUCGCGGCGAAGGUGAUGGACAAGAAGGAGCUGGCCAGCCGCAACAAGGAAGGGAGGGCGACGACUGAAAGGGACAUUCUCGAGAUGCUCGACCACCCCUUCCUGCCCACUCUCUACGCCGCCAUCGACUCGCCUAAAUGGUCCUGUCUGCUCACCGAGUUCUGCCCCGGCGGCGACCUCCACGUCCUCCGCCAGCGCCAGCCCUACAAACGCUUCCCCGACUCCGCCGUCAGGUUUUAUGCAUCUGAAGUUGUGGCAGCUUUGGAGUACAUUCACAUGAUGGGAAUUGUAUAUCGCGAUCUUAAGCCGGAGAACGUAUUGGUACGAUCAGACGGUCAUAUAAUGCUGACUGAUUUCGAUCUCUCUUUGAUGUGUGAUGACUCUACGUCCACCCCUGCUCAAAUAAUAUCAAGCCACAAUCAGCCAAAUGCACCGUCUUCGAGCGAGUACGCUAUCGAUGCUCUGCCCUUCCGCUCCGCCUCUUGCAUCCUUCCAAAUUGCAUAGUUCCGUCCGUGUCGUGCUUUAACCCUAGGCGCAAGCGUAAGAAGAAGCCGGACCGCCACUCUGGACCCUCUUUUGUGGCCGAGCCGAUAGAUAUCCGUUCGAUGUCAUUUGUCGGGACCCACGAGUACUUGGCCCCGGAGAUAGUCUCUGGGGAAGGGCAUGGUAGCGCGGUAGAUUGGUGGACGAUGGGGAUAUUCAUUUAUGAGUUAUUCUAUGGAGUGACGCCUUUUCGUGGAAUGGACCAUGAAAUAACCCUAGCGAAUAUUAUGGCUCGGGCGCUCGAGUUCCCUAAGGAGCCGGCCAUACCUAGCGCGGCCAAGGACUUGAUGUCACAGUUGCUUGUGAAGGACCCGGCCCGACGUAUGGGUUCGACCAUGGGCGCGUCGGCCAUCAAGAAGCACCCAUUCUUCCAUGGAGUCAAUUGGGCGCUAUUGAGAUGUGCAUCUCCACCUUUUAUUCCUCCUCCAUUUAAGAGAGAUGUUGUAACUAAUCAAGACAACAUUGUCGACUAUUACUAGCACAAAGAUAUUUUGCAAUAUGAAUUCAAUCUAGCUAAUUAAUUAUUGUAGAAA